UCAUUCAAACCACGACAUAGGAUUGGUUAUUAUUAAACAUCGCCGGAUGUCUAAUGAUACGACAUCUGUAGGUUGAAUUUUAAAUAUCGGACGGGUAACCAAUUGAGAAUUAGGUUGACUUCCUUUUUCCCGGUACGAUAAGUCGCGAGAUAUAUCUUCAAGAUGGUGAAGAUUAUGAAAUCAGGAAAAGUUGUAUUGGUCCUUAGUGGCCGAUACGCAGGAAGGAAAGCUAUCAUCAUGCGCAAUUAUGAUGAUGGUACUACAGAAAAACAAUAUGGACAUGCUAUGGUAGCAGGUAUUGACCGAUAUCCACGAAAAGUACACAAAAGAAUGGGCAAAGCAAAGAUUCAUAAACGUUCCAAAAUUAAGCCAUUUGUGAAAGUACUUAAUUAUAACCAUUUGAUGCCGACGAGAUACACUGUAGAUUUACAUUGGGAUAAAGUAACACCCAAAGACCUUAAAGACCCAAUGAAGCGCAAGAAAAUUCGAUUCCAAACACGUGUUAAAUUUGAAGAAAAGUACAAAUCUGGUAAAAACAAAUGGUUCUUCCAAAAGUUACGAUUCUAAUUAAAUUUAAAUAAAUAUAAAUUUACAAAUA